AUGAUAUGCCCAGUGCUUCUUGCACUGGCUCUGAACAUAGUGGAUCUCAAUGGCAAGGUGUAUGGUCAUGGUGUCCCCUUCGCCAUGAUCACCCUGGCAGGCUUUACUUUGAUUACCAGCAUUUGCCCCUUGCUGGUGUGUUUCUUCUCGGAGGGAUUCCCUGGCUGGCGCGUAAGUCUUGCCCCCGUAACAACGAUUCUGGCAACCCUUUCAUCUUGUUGCCUUAUCGUCCUUGCUUGCUUGAUUGCACAAUCCAUUGUCUCCAAAUCCAUUUUUAUCACCGUUGGACUCAUCUGUGGAAUCUUGGUCCUUGUUCGAAUUGUCUGCUACAACAUGUAUGACACACGGAACAACGAUGGGCGGGAAUACACAAUAGAUAUGCACAAUGUGCUAGAUGAAUCACAUGAGUUCCUGAUCGGUGUCACUGGAAUUAUGUUUCUAUGGUUCGAAGGUCUAGCACUCGAUGGUCAUGGCCAGACGGGUCACACGAGCGGGGAAUCAGUGGGCUAUAUUAGUUUCAUCAUCUGCACAUUUGGCGUGUGCUUAAUGUUUCUGGAGAUGACACCACCUCAAUGGUUUGCGGUACAUAGGCAUGGUAGCCCUGAAGAAAGGAUUGAAAGAGAGCAACAAAUUGUGUGUUUAACACUCAUCCUAGACGGCAUCAUGGCGGUUGGUAUCUUCGUACUAUUGUUGGUUGUCAUGCGUAAGCUCACGCCUCUUGAGGUUGCCCUAUUGGUCUUACUGCCACCAGCUGUAAGCUUUGGUCAACUUCUAGUCCUAGUCGUGUUGGAGGUGAACACAGAAGUUGAACAGGAAUCUGGGCCAGCAUCACUAGAACUUACAAAGGUCACCUUCACUGGAUUUUUGGCUGUGUCGAUAACAACUAUCAGCACCGCUUCGUCCAGCAGCUUGACUGGAUCUUUCCUUCUAUUAUCUUCCAUGGCUAUUGGGUUUGGUCUUUCGUGGAGGCUCCUUUCACAGGCUAACAUAAGGAGAGGUCUCUCCAGUUGUGUUUCAUCCGCUCAUGUUGCUUCUGCUGCCAAGGUUGCUUCCUUUUGUACACAUUUAUGUAUUGUAAUAUCUACAAUUCUACUUGUAGCAAUGGCUUGUAAUGCGAGUGGUAAAUGA